GGUGAUCCAGGCGGGAAGGAUUGUCAAUGAUUGGAAUUAGAAAUCAAAAGAGUGAUCGAGUCUGCAAGUAGUUGCAUUUGGAACUGAGAUAAAAUUCAAAGAGGCAAGCCACUGAGAAUAUUGUUAUGGCGUCAGAGAGUCAAAAAGAUGAAACUGUGAUUAACAUGGUCAUGAGUCCAUUCCCAAGUUCCUAUGAACACUUGCUGGCAUAUGAGUUGUCCAUGUCAUCUACGUUUUCCAUCUUUCAAACCCCGAAAAUUCUUUUCAGGCACAACGAAGCAGCAUAUAAGCCAAAUGCAUUCUCGAUUGGGCCAUUCUACUACAGAGCUAACAAAGAACUCCAAGCCACACAAAAAAUAAAAUUGAAGUAUUUGCGAGACCUCCUCUCACGAUCAAACAAUCCAGAGGAGCUAUAUAGUCAGCUCACAGAAACCAUCAGAUCGAUUCAGCGAGAGGCGCGGGGCUGCUAUGCAGGGCCACUUGAAAGCUGUGUUGAGGAAGCAUUUGUAGAGAUUUUGGUACUUGACGGUUGCUUCAUUAGUGAGUUGUUCCGCAAAGAUGCCAAAAAAGAACUUAGAGAUCCAGAUGACCCCAUAUUCACCAUGUCUUGUUUACAAGAAUAUUUAAACCAUGACCUGAUUUUGCUUGAAAACCAAAUUCCUUGGAUGGUGCUUGAGCGUUUGUUUAGCUUGACCAAACUUUCUCCCGACGAAUCCCUAAUCGAACUUGCCCUUAAAUUCUUCAGUAAUAUAUUCUCAUCCAGAGAAUCAUCUGUUGCACCACACCAACUCCAAGAUAUCGAGAUCAAACAUAUCCUUGACUUGUUGAGGCAUUCAUUGCUUUUACCAUUAUCACCAGAUAAGUUCAAAGGAGAACCCACGGGAUGGGAACCCAUCCCUUGUGCUACAAAGAUGAACGAGGCCGGUAUCAAGUUUAAGAAAGCAUAUGCCGAUAGCAUCUUGGAUAUAAACUUUGCAAAUGGUGUUCUCAUGAUUCCACCUCUGCUGAUUCAAGAGACAACCGAAACAAUCCUCCGAAACCUCAUCAGCUUUGAGCAAUCUUAUGCAAGUUAUCUACCCAUAGUCACUUCUUAUGUGAUGUUCAUGGGUAAUCUCAUUGACACCGAGAAAGAUGUUGAGAUACUUAGCGAGCACGAGAUUAUUGAUAACUGGUUGUAUCCUGAGGAUGCAAAGCAAUUCUUCAAGAAGCUAUACCAUGGUGCAUAUGCGGGGCAAUUCUUUUAUCUUGACAUUUGCCUUAAAGUGACGAGACACCGUAACCGCUGGUGGCCGAGGCGGCGCUUUAUGUAUUUAAACACCUUCACCACCCCCUGGGCUACGGUUUCACAAGUAGUUGCUGCAAUCUUUCUUAUUCUCGAAUUCUUGCAGACUUUGUAUUCCAUUCCGGGUGUCAUGGAAGAUAAAAAGAGUUAA